GCGCUACUGAGUUGAAGCGCAACAACCCGGAGAGCGCAGCAGCGACUUCACCGCUGCAACUUUGAUGACAGGGUUUUUUGGAGCCGUCGAUGAGCGCGUUUGAAGUGGCUUGCUGGUGAAGACAAGGGGAUCGAGUCUCAACCUGCGGUUCCCCCUCUGCCAGUCGGAUCAAAAUGAGAUUUCUGAUUUGUAUGAUAGCUGUCGCCUUGGCGGUGAGCUCUGCACACGGAGGUACUGGGAAGUUUGACGAGCCAUGUGCAGGCCUGGACUGUAGCGGGGGAUGCAGAUGCAACCCAGAGAAAGGCAGCAGGGGUCGUCCAGGGCCUCUCGGUGAGGUUGGUCAGAGCGGACCAGAGGGGCCACGUGGGGGUCUGGGGCCUUCAGGGCCUAAAGGAGAGAAGGGCCACCUCGGACUGAAAGGACCAUCUGGCCCCAAAGGCGACAAGGGGCCGAUGGGAGUGCCAGGGUUCCAAGGAACUAACGGAGUACCUGGUCACCCUGGUGCUGACGGUAGCAGAGGGCCACCAGGAUUGGAUGGUUGUAAUGGGACCAGGGGAGAACCUGGAGCGCCAGGCUACGGCACAGGAGCACCCGGACCCUCAGGAUUUGCUGGGCCUUACGGGCCAAAAGGUCAGAAAGGAGAACCUCAAUACAUCUCAGAUGAUGGCUUCACGAGUAUACCAGGUCAACCAGGACCAAACGGUGCACCUGGGAUCAGAGGUCCUGAUGGUCCAUUUGGUUAUCCUGGUCUAAUAGGGCCUGAAGGAUACCCCGGCCCUCCUGGUCCUCCUGGCCCCCCAGGGCCAAUGGGGAGCCGUAGUGACGGAUAUGAAGGAGAGAAAGGAGACAAGGGCGACGUGGGUCUUCCCGGACCCAGUGGUACUCCCGGCGACGGGUCGCUAAGAAGCGAACAAACUCUCACUAUCUACAAAGGAGAUAAGGGUGAACCUGGUCCAAAGGGAAUCAGAGGAUACACUGGCAGUCCUGGCAGACCUGGACCUUUCGGAUAUCGUGGUGAAUUUGGAGAGAAAGGCAUUCCUGGAUACCCCGGGGCAAGAGGUCCCCCUGGUUUUAACGGGCCUCCUGGAGCUCCAGGACAACAGGGAUUCAGAGGUACGCCAGGUUAUCCCGGUCAACCAGGAUACAUAGGACCCAAGGGAGACCAGGGAGAACCCGGACUACCAGGACCACCUGCUUACGUUGAUGGUCUGAGCACUUUAGUUCAAGGACCAUCAGGUGACCCAGGUUUCAAUGGCGUGCCCGGUACCCCCGGUGACCCAGGACCUCCAGGAUUACAAGGCCCACCAGGGCAACCAGGAAUUGGUGGAUUUGGUCCGGGUCGUCCUGCAUCUCCCGGUUUUCCUGGGACCCCAGGCCCAAAGGGAGAGAAAGGAAGCCCAGGCAUACCAGGCUAUGGCUCCGAAGGUAGACCUGGUACCACUGGACCCCCCGGCCCCCCUGGCCCUCCUGGACCUCCUGGCCCUUCUAGUCCUCCUACAGGUACCAACACUGUCCCAGGAGACCCUGGGCCACCUGGCCCCAGAGGACCGCCGGGUGAAAGAGGGUUCAAUGGCUUCAGAGGGGAUCCUGGUGACUGUAACUGCAUAGGAGGAGGCACCUCAGGGUUGCCUGGGUUAACCGGACCCCCCGGAGCUAAUGGCAGCCCCGGCUUCCCUGGCCCAAAGGGCGAGCCUGGUGAUGCCGGUUUACCCGCCUUUAAUGGCGUUCAGGGACCUCCUGGUCGUGUUGGUAAUCCUGGUGCAUUUGGUCGGAAGGGAGAGAAGGGGGCGCCCUACUACCCCAUCUUCGGUGUCGGGGUGAAAGGGGAGCUUGGGGCAACUGGACCCAGAGGACCUACAGGAGAAACUGGAAAAUCUGGCAGAGACGGACUGCCUGGUUUCCCAGGAGCACCUGGACCCCCAGGUGAUGGUGGCUAUGGCACAGUUGGAGAGAAAGGUUUCCCAGGGUUCCCAGGGCCUAAGGGUCGUGCCGGCAGCCCUGGCGAGCCCGGUAUCGGCUAUGCGGGAACACCCGGCUUUCGAGGAGAGCCUGGCGAACCUGGUAUACCUGGGCUGCCAGGGCAACCAGGUUUACCCGGCCCGAGAGGUGAAAACAGCUGUGAAGGGGUUAAUGACGCCGGAGAGGGAACGGGCCAAGUGCUGCCUUGCUCCAUACCUGGUGAGGAAGGAAAUCCCGGCGUCCCCGGUGUACCUGGACGACCAGGUCCUAAAGGUCAGCCCGGUCAGCCAGGAGGUCCUGGACGUCCUGGGUUUAGCGGUGCCAAAGGAGAGAGAGGAGACCCUGGUUUUGGAGGCCAGCCUGGACCACAAGGUUUCCCUGGUCCCAGAGGAGACCCUGGUAUUCCAGGUGCUCCAGGACAGAGUUUUGACGGAGGCAGGGGGAAGGAUGGUGUUCCAGGACUUCCUGGAGCCAAGGGCCAGCCUGGAGAGGUACUGGGAGCCACACCUGGUUCUCCAGGACAGAACGGUUUACCAGGAGCCCCUGGAGACAAGGGCCAGCCCGGGACACCAGGAGGACCUGGAUUACCUGGUGGUGACGGACGUAUUGGGGUUCCUGGACUGAAGGGAGAGCGCGGAGUUGACGGUAUUCCUGGUAGUCCUGGUCUUCCUGGACUUCCAGGUGAGCCGAUUUUUGGCAUUCCUGGUCUGCCUGGACCUCCUGGCCUCAGCGGAUCGCGCGGACCACCAGGCUGCCAAGGUUUCCCCGGUCGCAAGGGAGACAGAGGCGACCCAGGUUUCCCAGGACCUGCUGGAAUGAAAGGAACCCCAGGACUGCCAGGCACCCCUGGAUCACCAGGGCCCAGGGGACCCCCUGGACCCCUAGGACCAGGAACUAGAGAGGGAAUUCCAGGAAUACCAGGAAGGAAGGGUGAGAGAGGUUUUCCAGGACUGAUGGGAUUCCCUGGACUCCCAGGUCGUCCUGGAAGCCCAGGGUUUCCUGGAGGAAAAGGAUCAUCUGGAGGAACUGGAAGAAACGGAUUACCCGGUGGUCCUGGAUACUCCGGACAGAAAGGUGAGAGAGGGUACCCCGGUCCCCCUGGCCUGCCCGCUCCUCCUUUCAGAUCAGAGUUUGUGGAGAAAGGAGAACCCGGAUUCCCCGGAGGCAGCGGCCUUCCUGGCUUCCCCGGACCCAGAGGUGACAAGGGUCUACCAGGUCCACCUGGUCGUCAGGGUCUGCCUGGACUUCCUGGUUUCGCUGACCAGAGUAAAGGAAAGCCGGGACAGCCUGGGUUCCCCGGGACACCAGGAGCUCCAGGCUACCCCGGACCGAAGGGAGAAGCUGGAAUCAUGGGAUUCCCUGGCAUGACUGGACCAAGGGGUGAUGAUGGUGUUCCUGGUUUACCUGGCAACCCUGGAGAAUUCGGUCGGCCUGGUGGCAAAGGUGCACCUGGAGAGAGUUAUGGUUAUCCUGGAGGGCCAGGAGCUAAAGGCCAGCCAGGAGAUUCAGGUUUCCCUGGUGGCCGCGCCAAUGACGGUGCCCCAGGUGACAGCGGCUUUCCAGGAAGUCCAGGUUUCCCUGGAGCGAAGGGAGCGCCUGGUGAAGGAGGACGGCCGGGAAUAAUGGGCUCCCCUGGUUUCCCUGGGCCAAAGGGCCUGACUGGUUUCCCAGGAAGAAGAGGAGCAGACGGGCCUCCUGGUCUGCCUGCAGGUCCUGGAGGUCCUGGAGCCAAAGGUUUGCCCGGACCCCCUGGUUUGGAUGGACUUAAUGGCCUUGCUGGACCUAAAGGCCUUUCUGGAACCCCAGGCGGCAGUGCAGGAGGUCGCCCAGGUGCUCCUGGUAUUCCAGGCUUGAAGGGAGAAAGAGGCAUCUCCUACCCAGGAAGUCCAGGCUUCCCCGGACCGAAGGGAGAGAGAGGAGACUCAGGUGGUACUGGACUUCAAGGUUUCCCUGGUCGGCCGGGACCUCCUGGUCCUCCUGUGGGAUCAAAUGUCCCUGGACCUUUGGGAGACCCCGGCCUCCCUGGACUGGAUGGAGAGUAUGGUUUCCAAGGUCCUCCAGGUCCUCCUGGGCCUCCUGGUCCAGGCACAGCCCAGGGAAACCGAGGUGACUCUGGGCUCCCGGGCUUCCCCGGCUCCCCCGGCAGUAAAGGAGAAUCAGGCAUCCCUGGAGGCCCCGGACUCCCCGGCAGUCCCGGUUUCAAAGGAGGACGAGGUGAGACUGGCUUCAGCGGAGGUCCGGGUCUCAAGGGUUUCCCCGGUGACUCUGGUUUCUAUGGAAACAAAGGAGCCAAGGGCUUACGAGGGCGUAUUGGUCGUAAGGGUAUCCCUGGAGUCACGCUGACCACAACACAAGAUUUUCAGCGACCCUACGGAGAAAUGGGUUUCCCUGGUGCAGGCGGAGGCAACGGUGUCCCCGGAGAACCCGGUCAGCCUGGAAUACCCGGACGUCCAGGUCCUAAAGGUCGUCCCGGUUCUGUGGGUAAACUCGGGAGGACCGGAUCUCCUGGUCUGCCCGGAUCCAUCGGUGAUCCCGGACCCCCAGGUUUCCCUGGACCCACCGGAGAACAAGGUUCUCCUGGUGCAGCCGGUCGUCCCGGCCCUCCCGGCGGCGUCGGCCGCAGUCACAGCAUCGGCUACACUCUGGUGAAGCACAGCCAGAGCUCCCAGGUCCCCAUGUGUCCUCAGGGCAUGGCCAAGCUGUGGGACGGAUACAGUCUGCUGUACGUGGAGGGACAGGAGAAGGCGCACAACCAGGACCUCGGCCAGCCGGGGUCGUGCCUCCCCAGGUUCAGCACCAUCCCCUUCCUCUACUGCUCCCCCAACGAGGUCUGCCACUACGCCAACCGCAACGACAAAUCCUACUGGCUCUCCACAACCGCACCCAUACCCAUGAUGCCUGUGGCCGAGGAGCAGAUACGCCCUUACAUCAGCAGGUGUUCUGUGUGUGAGGCGCCGUCUCAGCCGGUGGCGGUCCACAGUCAGGACAUGACCAUCCCCACCUGUCCUCCCGGCUGGAGGAGUCUCUGGAUAGGAUACUCCUUCCUCAUGCACACGGCAGCCGGCGCUGAGGGCGGCGGUCAGUCCCUGGUGUCUCCCGGCUCCUGCCUGGAGGAUUUCCGCGCAACACCGUUCAUCGAGUGCAACGGCGCCAAGGGCACCUGCCACUACUUCGCCAAUAAGUACAGCUUCUGGCUCACCACGGUGGAGCCCAGCCAGGAGUUUCUCUAUUCGCCAGCACAGGAGACCCUGAAGGCAGGGCAGGAGCGCUUCAAAGUCAGCCGCUGCCAAGUCUGCAGCAAGAUCUUGUAGUAGGAGGAGGAGCGGAGGGAUGGAGGUGAUGUAUUAACGCCUCAGAGGAAAACGAAAGAGAGAGAGAGGUGUUGAUGAUGGAGGAUGAGCUGAUUUAUAAAGAAAUCUAUAAAAGAACAUGUGACUGACUGAAAAUGAGCCCCUCUCCUGCUUCUCUGACGGUUUCAGAAUCCAGUCGAACAACAUCGACUCCGUUUUUAGAGUUUUUGAUCCCUUUUAGGAAUGAAUGGCUUAUUAAGAAAAAAAAAUCAGAAGAGCUGGAGGGAGGAAAUGGAAAGAGAAGGGCUGCAGUGAGAUGGCUCUUCUCUUAGAUUAUCACUGACAAUGGUGCUAUUGUUUAUGUUCUUUGUGUUUAUUUUGUGUCUGUUUUCUCGUUACGGUUUUGGCGAGAAUCAUUCUCGGCUACCUCGGAGUGCCACCCCGUCGGAUAGCACUGCACCGCUCACACGUCAGGGCUGCUUCAGAUACGUCAGUUCAGAGUCAAACAUCGCUUCGUUUUUACUUUUGUGAACUGAGCUACCUGAAGCAGAGUCACCUGAUUCUGGUUCAACACACAUUUUUCGUGAAAUGUCGCCAUCAACCUUUACUUAAGUAUUAACUGCCAGCUGCAACCACUUUAACUGUGGUGAGGUUACAGAUGAUGUGACGUGAAAAACUGCACCGGCUAAAAACAAACUGGAGGUUUUGCAUUAGAGACUCCAUUGGUUGUCAUUCAUUUCAUUACAUUAUGGAAAUCAAAUUAUGGAGAUUUGAGAGAAAUAUAUUGAACAAUAAGCGCCCCAUAUUGUUCAUUGUUCAAUACUUUAAAGUUUCUGUAAAUAUUUAACAUAAAAAUAUGUCACUUUGAAAGCUGGUUUGCCUGACACUCCUAUUAUUUCCUUUCUAAACCACUGAUAAAGAAUACCAGCAAAUGCCAGGAUAGUACCCAAGUGGAAACACUGUAAUAAAUAAAUUAUUUUUGGCAUUUAAAAAAAAGAGAAAAUUGUCCUGUUGGCCUGGCAACCUGCCACGCCUGUCCAAGAAAGUCACAGUACUGUUGUUCUUGUCUUUGCACAUUUUGUCUUCGUGCAUCGAAGAAAACAUCCAAAAGCAUCUGGGAUGUUAAGGUCACCUGCCAAAGUGCAACCUUUUUAAGCCAAUGCACAGUAUUUACUUUGUGUGUGCAACAUCAGAUGCACAAAAUACAAUGAGGAGAAAAUAUUAAGAAUAAAAUGUAAAAACAAGAGAAAAGCAACAAAAUGUGAAAAAAAGGAGGAAAAAAGAAAAAAGCAAUAAAACCGAUAAAGACAUAAGGAUAUUGCUGGCAGACAGUACACAAAUCAUGUACUUUAUAUUUUAAAUCAACAACGCCGAAAAUAACCAGAUUUUUUAAAAUAAUAAUAUCUGUGUUUGUCAUUUGAUUUGCUAACAACUGAGCCAAUAACAUUUCCCGGUGUCCACUAUCAGAUCUCAGAUUUUUGCAGCCUCCAAGUAAGAUUUUUUGGAACAUUUGCUUCUUCAAACCGACAGAAACGGGCAACUCAGAGUUUAAAUAGAUUUAUUUAACUAGUUCAAGUAAAAUUACAACUCUCUACAAGUUGAUUUUCAUAUGUUACAGAAAUUAUUUUACACCAGUGACAGCCUGGAAUUUAGGAAGUCUAUCAAAACACGAUGAGAAUGAUGAGAGCAAACGUUUGUUUUUGUGCAAAAUGACCAGCACGCUCCUUUAACUUCUAACAGUUUUCACGUUUCAUAUGUGAUCUUGUACGUUUCACAGUAUGACUCUAUGGUGCUACGAUACCCUGACAGGUGACUUGAACUUGGUUAAACGUUUCCUCUAAAUUCCUAAAAACAAACCUCUGCAACAGCUAACUGUAGUAACAAACGACUUGAAUGAGGCCACCCAUUCAUAUGUAUUGCACUGAUGUGAACUCGCGUGGGUUAGAACAAGUUAAAAAACAAGUCAAAACGCAUUUCCUCUCCACCUUCACAGGCUUUUAUCUUCAUGUUGUGACCAAACUAGUUAGUUUUUUUCUAACCACCCUUCACUUACACUAAAUCUGUAACAGGAAACCAAACACACACACUCUCUGAUAGAUUGUUAAUUAUUGCUGUACAUAGUGCUUACUGUAUUUCCCACCAAAGUAUGUUGGAGCAAAAGUCUAUAAAGCUAUUAGCUCUUUAUUUUAUUUUAUUUUUUUUCCAGUCCAUGUGUAUUUUCUCUGUCCGUGGAUAAAAGAGAAAGAGGUUUCUGUUUAUAAAUGUAGAUUUUGCAGCCAUAGUGAUGGAAUUUAACAUUUUUACAUUGACUUUUUUUUUUGCAGUUUAAAUUAAAAGUUUUAACCCUCUUCUUAUAACGUUAUCCUCGGACAGUGAAAGCCACUGGGUGACUUGUAACCACUAUGACCACUGUGUCGAGCACAUAGCUCUGUCUCUCUGCUGGUAGCCCUGAUUUUAUUACCAUGUCACAUUUUACUUCUUUUUUGUUUUUUUUUAUUUUUCUCUUUGUUUUUGUCAGCCUUUGUGGUUUUGUAAUCUAGAUUGUAAUUAUUUUACUUAAAUCAUGAUACUAUCCCCUGGUUUUAUUUACUGCGAUGGGAGGGAAUGGGAAGAUAGUGAUGUGUACAUUAAAUAUUAUGAUUAAAAAAAAGCUUUUCGGAUUAUGUUUUUAUAUGGAAAGUAUAUUCACCUCUGAUGAUAUUUACAGACGCAACAACAGUUUUUAUUGUCUGUUUUGGUCUUUACCCCAUUUUUCCAAACCGAGAGUUGAAAUAUUUUAUGCCUGGAGUGACAGAAAAGAAAUGCAGUUUUCCUCAAAGAGGAUCUAUAACAAAAAAAAUGG